AUGGUAACCCGAAUUGAAGCUGUCGUCACUGUUUACUUGUGUCGUGAAUAUGAUGAACAAAUUGUGAAUACACCGUGGCAUUUCUUCUACAUUGAUUUGGACGCAAGAACCAAGCUCAACGAUGCCGUCAUGCGUCUAGAGCUGAAAGAAGCGGAGGUUUGCCAUCUGAAGGAGGUCAUAUCGAGACUCAAUAUUGACCUAGACAGCAGAGAUACUGCGGUUGUCAUGGCUCACGAAGCCAAGGUAGCUGCAGAGACUGCUCUGCAGCAACUCACUGACGAUCUGGCAACUCUUGGGGCUCGUCUUCAAUUCGAAGUCUCCAGCGCUUGCCUUCUCACGUCCGAAGCCAGCAGCCUUGCUGAGAGUGUCGCAAGCAUCCUGAAGGAGAGGGAAGAGAAAGUCCAAUCGGCAUGGGAUCGC